AUGGCGAUCAGCCUGGGCGGCGUCUUGGCCGUGAUCAGAGCUGAUCCAGAGGCAGGGCAUCAUCGCCGCCAGAACCAAGACAGUGUGCGUGUCCCCGAGUCUGCAACAAGGCGCGUGGCACUGCAGGGCGGCAAGAUGGGUCGCAAACCAAACCCCCUCAUCCUCGAGUUCUUUGAGCGAGGCCCGAAGCUCAACGACAAUAGCAACCGGUACCCGCACACUUGCCGUGCAUGCGGCGAGCACUUUGCCAAAGGCCGCAUUGACAGUCUCACCAACCACCUGACCAAGAAGUGCCCUGCCAUCUCCGAGGCCGACCGCAUCAAUGCCUGCCUCACACUGCAUGGCAUCCACCACGCCAGUCCGCGGGGUCAGAAGGACCAGGUCCAGGCUAACGGCCCCCCUGUUGACCUUCCCAUGAUGCAGCGCGACUGGACCGCCCUCGAGACCUUGGCUGAGGUGUCCCGUCAGAUCGAUCUUAGUGAGAAGCACGACGACAGGUCCCCCAGUAGCGCACCGCCGUCCACAGCAGCCGCAGCCCCCGGAGGACAAACUCAUGUUCAAGAGCGCUUCGAAUUGGCCGAGCCAUUCAACCUGGAGACUUCGCCUGCUGCGAUCAAGGACUCACCUCAGUCUGAGAAACAAGGCGACGCAAAGCAGCCUGGCGACACAGAUGCUGCAGACUCGGACCUAAUCACCGAGGAGAGACUGCAGGCGCUCCUGCAGUCAGCCACCUCGCCCUCGGAAGCUGCCAAUCUUUCUAUGGCUGCUGCUGCCACCGCCCGGCUCAACACUUCUCUUUUGGAUCCUCAAUUGCGAGCCGAAGAGACUGCCGUUGAAAGCCCGGCUCCCCUGCCUGCCCUCGAUGGCGUCACCACUGCCGAAACCCCCGUAGCUGUGCCGGGCACCGCUCCAGGUCAACCGUGGGGUGAGAUCACCUAUCUCGCGGACAAUGUACCGCUGCCAAGCGCUCAGCCAGAGCAGGCUCCGAGCCCGAGUACUCUAAGCAAAGGUGGCUUUCGCCUGGACAGCCCCGGCAGUGCCAAGACCCGGCACUCCCGCGCUCGUUUCGAUGCGACACGGCGAAAAGAGGUGCAGGAGGUGCGCAAGAUCGGAGCUUGCAUCCGCUGCAGAAUUCUCCGGAAGACUUGCUCCAAGGGCGAUCCUUGCGACACAUGCCGCAAAGUCCUCUCGCCACGCAUUUGGCGGUCAGGCUGCGUGCGAACAAAGUUCUCUGAGCAACUGGACUUGUAUUCUGCCGGCGUGCAAGUCGUUCUUGCCCAGCACAGGAUCAACAACCUCAAAGCGGCGCUCAACCUCGUCAAUAACGGGCUCUCUGUUAGCGUCUCCCAUUUCCCCGGAGAGACAGCUGAUCUCUCCUUCACAAUUCUGCAGAGCGACGGCCCCAAGGCUCCUGUCGUUGACGACGAAGCGGGUAAUCCCUGGCCGUUGGGAUCCCUGGUCAUGAUCAAUAUCGAAAAGGAAGAUGUACCCGCCAAGGUUGAAGCGUACAUGAAAGACACCGUCCGCCAGUUUAUCCAGCGAGAGCCCUCCCAUUUCAUGAAAGUUACCCUGGAGACCGCUCUCAAGGUUGCUGAAGACACCAACGAUGAGCUCCUCAAGAAGGCCAUUGAGUUGUGGGGGUUGGUAGAGAUCCUCGAUCGUGAGCGACAGUGGGUUGUCACUCUCAAGACUACUGACGGCCAAGGACCCCGACCGAUCAGAGAGGACACGGACCAGGACGUCUAUACCACAAUCUGCUUACAGCUCACUGCCGGUGCCGAGCGCAAGGCCUCAGCAAUCAGCAAGACGCUCUUGACCGGCAUGCAACGAGUCUUGCAGGAUAGCAAGACAAAAGUCGGCCACGCCAUGUUCUUCACAACAUUGACCCUCUUGAUUUGUGUCGAGAAGUCUACUUGGGCGUUCAAGGCGUGGGAACAGGAUGGCCUUCGAACCAUGUGGCCCCUUGAGAAGCAGCCGGGAAAUUUCACCAACCAAGGCUACGUACUGGCCGACCUGCUACGCAUGCUUCUGAGCAUCCGCAAGGCGAUCCCCCGUACCGAGCGGCGUGAGUCAGACGGCGCUUUGGUCACUGUUGUCCCUACUGGAGAACAGGAAGACCCUCUGAUCAAGGGCUACUUCGAGAGUCUCAACCUCAAUUUUGCCGAUGUGCAGGCCAAACAGGAACACCCUGCGUUCUCACCGACGGAUUCACGUUCGUUUGAGCUGUUGUUCUGCUCUACUCUCUUGCUUCCCGCCCGAGAGUAG